GGCGACUCACAGGCGUGUUUUUAUGGACUGAUACUACGCAUGCGCAAUGAGAGGAGUCCUUGGCUGGUCGGCCUGCUGUAGGUUACAGAUCCGGUGAGGAGACACUGACAAAAUGCAGAGCUGGACACAGUUAUACCGCUCUCUGGCCACGCGGAGCCACCAACUUCCCUGCAAGCUGCAUGGCGCCACAGCGUUGUCCGUCAGAACCUACGCUGACAAAGCAGCAAUUGAUGCAGACGUCACGGUGGUGGGCUCCGGUCCAGGCGGCUACGUCGCCGCCAUCAAAGCCGCACAGCUUGGCUUCAAGACAGUGUGUGUUGAGAAAAAUCCCACACUGGGCGGGACCUGUCUGAAUGUCGGCUGCAUCCCCUCCAAGGCUCUGCUGAACAACUCCUACUUGUAUCACAUGGCUCACGGCAAGGACUUUGAAAGCAGAGGCAUCGAAAUUUCAGGGAUCUCGUUGAACCUGGAGAAGAUGAUGGCUCAGAAAAGCGGAGCUGUGAAAGCGCUGACUGGAGGAAUCGCACAUCUAUUCAAACAGAACAAAGUGACUCACGUCAACGGGUUAGGGAGGGUGACCGGUAAGAACCAGGUGACGGCCGUAGCAGCAGACGGCAGCGAGCAGGUCAUCAACACCAAGAACAUCCUCCUCGCCACAGGCUCCGAGGUCACGCCCUUCCCCGGGAUCCAGAUUGAUGAGGAAAGCGUUGUGUCGUCAACAGGAGCUCUGUCCCUGAAGAAAGUUCCAGAGGAGUUGAUUGUGAUCGGAGCCGGAGUCAUCGGAGUGGAGCUGGGGUCAGUGUGGCAGCGUCUGGGCUCUAAAGUCACAGCGGUGGAGUUCCUGGGCCACGUGGGCGGCAUGGGCAUCGACAUGGAGAUCUCCAAGAACUUCCAGCGCAUCCUGCAGAAGCAGGGCGUCAAGUUCAAGCUCGGCACCAAAGUCAUGGGAGCCACCAAGAGGCCCGACGGGAAGAUCGAUGUGGCAGUGGAGGCAGCGGCCGGAGGGAAGAAUGAGACUCUGACAUGUGACGUGCUGCUGGUCUGUAUCGGCAGACGACCUUUCACAGAGAACCUGGGUCUGGAUUCUGUCGGCAUCGAGCUGGACAACAGAGGCCGCAUCCCCAUCAACAACCGCUUCCAGACCAAAGUCCCCAGUAUUUAUGCCAUCGGUGACGUGGUCGCUGGGCCGAUGUUGGCCCAUAAGGCCGAGGACGAGGGCAUCAUCUGUGUGGAGGGCAUGGCCGGUGGCGCCGUGCACAUCGACUACAACUGUGUUCCUUCUGUCAUCUACACACACCCCGAGGUGGCCUGGGUUGGCAAGACAGAGGAGCAGCUGAAAGAGGAGGGCGUCCCGUACAGAGUCGGCAAGUUCCCCUUCGCAGCCAACAGCCGAGCCAAGACCAACAACGACACUGACGGCAUGGUGAAGAUCCUCAGCCACAAGGAGACGGACAGGAUGAUGGGAGCUCACAUCCUCGGAUCUGGGGCAGGAGAGAUGAUCAAUGAAGCUGCUUUGGCCAUGGAGUACGGGGCUUCCUGUGAGGACGUCGCCAGAGUCUGCCACGCCCAUCCUACGGUUUCAGAAGCCUUCAGAGAAGCAAACCUGGCCGCCUCCUUCGGCAAAGCCAUCAACUUCUGAUCCACCAGCUGCUGUCCCACCUUUUAGUGUACAUAACAAGAAGAGAAGCAGAAAGCUGUGUGUGUCCUUCAUCCAGCCCACUGGGAUCCCCCAUGUACAUCCACACUGUACCACAUUUAGUCCUAAUGUUAUUUAAAUGUUCUCAAUAAAACGAGAAAAGAGGCUUUGGGCGGUAAACAAA